GUACAAUUUUCUCCAGCUGCCAAGUCGAUUCAAGACAUAGUAACAUACCCCUAUGACUAUUUUAACUUGAACUUCUUCACUCUUGAGAAUUUAUCCUACUGUCCGUGGAAGGGUGCAUCUUUCAUGGGAGACAGGAUGAUGAAAUACGCAACUGUUGGAUUUGCACUAGCUCUUGUUUUGAUGACCAUCUUUAUUACAAGAUACCGCUACAUACGAACUAAAAUCUUUUUUAGGUUUCAGCACCGCAACAGUGUGUUGAUACACGGCCUUUCUGCUUUUUUUAUCAUCUGCUAUUCCAAAGCUGUUAGGACGACCUUUCAUAUCCUCGACGUUUCGAGCCUCUAUUCAGCCAACUUCAACUGUGCAGUAAAGGUAGUGCGCCAGGCUGGACACAUGGCCUAUCUUGGGGAAGAACAUGCCCCGUACGCAAUUAUUGCAUUCGUAUUUCUGCUUUUCAUGGUCAUAAUGCCACCU